AUGGAUGAGGAUGUAGAUGACCCAGCCCCCGUGUCCAGUGUUAGAAUGGAAGUUGAAGAUAGGCCCUCAGAAGCUGGCCCAUCCACACCUGCAAAUGUAGGCCUACCAUCAGGAAAAAAUAAUACGGCAAUAAUAUGGGAGUAUUUCACAAAAGUAAACGAAGGUAAGACUACUGAAAAGGUCCAUAACUAUUUUGCAGUGUGUAAUUUGUGCCAAAAAAGUAUAAAAACUGCCUAUGGAAACACUAGUGGCAUGAGACGCCACUUAGAAAAUAAGCAUUUUCCCAAGUUUGUGUUGCUGAAAAAAAAGGAAGAGGCUUUAGAUGCUGAAAAAUUCAAAACAAAAAUAUCAAAAACCACUAAGGCUAAGGCCGUGACCCAAUCUAAACUCACCUCCACUUUUAAAUGGAGUAAAGAUGCCACUAAGGCUAAGACUAUCACAAGGGAAAUUGGUAAAUGGAUGGCCUCAAGUCUCCACCCAUACAACUUAGUAGACCAAGAAGGGUUCAAGUCCUUGAUGAACACUCUUGAACCCCACUACACUAUUCCUUCCCCCAAAACAUUUUCAAGGACAGUAAUUCCGGGAUUGUACAAAGAAGUUCACAAAAGUGUUGAAGCAGGAUUGGCGCAUUGCCGAGCCAACAGUUCUUCCCUGGCCAUAACAGUAGACAUGUGGUCUUCCGAUUCUAAUAAUUCCUUUAUGUCCCUUACCUCUCAUUUUAUGACUGAAGACUUUCAAAUAGAAAAUUUCUGUUUAGGGUGUUAUGCGUUUAUUGGAGACCACAAAGGUUGGUCUAUUGCCAAUAAAGUAAGCCAGUAUUUAGAGGAAUGGAAAAUAAACACCAUGGCAAUACCAAUCUAUGCAGUGACAGACAAUGCUACAAAUAUGAAAAGUGCCAUGUCAUGUGUCAAACCCAAACUAAAUGUUUUGAGUUGUUUUGCCCACUCAUUGCAGCUGGCAAUAAAUGAUGCCAAAAAAGAGACACCUGGGGUUGUAGAACUGGUGAAAAAAGUUAAAGGAAUAGUGGGACACUAUCGACAUAGUUGCCAGGCGACUGAGCGUCUUCAUGAGGUCCAAGCAUCUAUGAACAAACCUAUUCUUCAGUUGAUCCAAGAUUCCGAGACGCGAUGGAACUCUGAGUACUUGAUGUUAGAUCGGUUUCUGAAGAAUAAAGAACCCAUUUCAAGGGAUAUCAUACAAACGGGUAAACUCGACAAUCUAACAAUUUCUGAGUGGAAAAUGGUCGAGGGAUACGUCUCUAUAUUGGAGCCCCUCUUUGAAGCUACUACCCAAGUGUGCUCUGCAAUAGUACCAACUUGCUCUAUGGUCAUACCGAUUAUUUUUGGUUUAUCAGACUCUCUAGAUACUUUCAUUUCGCAAAGUAUAGCUAAAAGCGGAAUAGGAUUUGCAAGGGAACUUUUAAAAGCUAUUAAAAUUAGGUUCCCAAACAAUCUGAAGGAAGAUCCUUACUUGACUGCAAUGCUGGUGGACCCGAGAUUCAAAACAGUUAUUUUGUCUGCCGUUGAGCAAGAUUUAGCCUUAAGCAAGCUGAAACUUAAGAUUCAAGAAAUCUUGAAGAAGAAAUCAGAAUCUGAUCAGGCUGAAGUACCAGUUGAGCCUACUAGUGAUGAAAGCAAACCAAAAUCAGCCUUAUGGAAGGCAUUUGCUAAGGCAGCAGCUGCAAAGAAACACUCUACUAGUGAAAGCUCGGCAAGACAAGAAGCUAGUAUUGAAUCGGAGCUUGCUAGAUUCUUUAAUGGGGAAGUCAUAGAUCAAAGUGAUGAUCCUUGCAAAUGGUGGCAAGAUAAUGCCAAUUUCUUUCCACUACUUCGCAAUGUCGCAUUGCAAUACCUUGCAAUUCCAGCUACUGAGGUUGCCAGCGAGAGAAUGUUUUCGAGUGCUGGCGGAGUGGUGGCAGAGAAGCGGCAAAGGUUGACCUCUUUUCAUGUUGAGGAGUUGGUCUUCCUUCACCAGAAUAAGAAACUUUUAAAAUAA